UGGCAGAUGGCUAAGAGCAUUAGAGAGAGAUACCUGCCAAACGUUAGCCCGUUUUACUCUCCUGCUGCGAAAGCCAUUGUGAGGAGGAAAGAGGUGCACCCCUGUGUAUCUGCGGCAUAUGGCGGGGUACAGGUCUGACGACACCAGUCCAUUUACUUUUCAAAAGAGCAACCAAAGAGCAACAAGUUUAUGUGAUAAUAAACCCUUUUGGAAUCAUGGUUUGUAUAGUAGAGGUUGUUCUUCACCAUGAGCAUGCGACCCAACUGCUUUUCUAAAGUGGGAUUAUACUCGAAUAACCUUGACGUCAGUCCAUCAAAAACAAGACACAGAGUGAGUGUCCGCAAGAGUUUCCUCUGUCUCGAGCCACGGGAUGAUGUUGAUGAAACUCCCAAGAUCACCAAACAACAUCUGAUCUUUGACCGAAGUUUUAGGGUGAAGGUUGAUCGCGCUUUGUUGCCUGUAAAGCACGGCAGAGCGUUAGCCGAAGCUUCAGAGGCUGGCUCUGAGGGCACAGUAACACUGUCCUCUCAAGCUAAACAAAUGGGGGGUGAAGGCACCCCUGUAAAAAGUAAAACUCCUCUCGGACAGACCAAUACUAUUGACAAUAAACCAGAGUUUGUAUCUAUGAAUUCACAUAGUAAUUCCAGGGACCCUGUGGGGGAGAAAGGGGUAAAAGGUUUUGAAAAUAUGGGGAUGUCACACGAUCACACGGAUGGUAAAAGGACAAAUAUGAAGAAGAUUGUGGGUCACCCUCACUCACAAGCCACUUGCCUUAAACAACUCCUUCUACUUCAGCUGGAUUUAAUAGAACAGCAACAGCAACAGCUGCAGACUAAGGACAAGGAAAUAGAUGAACUAAAAUCAGACCGAGACACGUUGCUUGCCCGUAUUGAGAGGAUGGAACGGCGGUUGCAGCUGUCAAGUAAGGAACCGCGCGACAAGAGGCUCUUUCAGCCGUUAGAGAGAUGGGUCCCGGACACGGAGGACUUUUGGGAGUCAGAUGUGGGGGACAGCCCGCAGACUGAUGCAUCUGCAAGCGGCAAGGUGCAAAAGAGGAAGUUCAACUUCUUAGACAAUAAGAUGCAGAGGUCAAGGGGUAAGGCCUCGCGAAAAUUAGACACGGGCGAGAAAUCGCCAUGUCAGCGUGACCUGCGAAACAAGGAGACCCCCGAGAAAACUAACACUGCGAAAUCGUCCGGACAGAUGGACCAGCUGAAGGAGGAAAAAGACAGCGAGGAAGCUGAAGGGCAAUACAUGACAACUUCUGAGGUGUACCUGUGCUGCUGUCAACAGCCUCCAGCCUCUCCAUUACUGGAAUCUCCUGUAAAGAAAGAAGAAGAGGAAGUUGCAAGUAAGUAUUUGGCUCAGAUUUAUGACUUCAGUCGUAAAUAUGAUUCACAAAUUCUAAUGGUGAAAAAUUGUUAAGUCCCAUCAUGGAGGGAAAAUAUUGUGGAUCCAUUGCUGGAGGAGGAUGCUGUCGACAUUCCUGAGAAUCUUGAUGACAAUGUUUUUCUGAAACGGCAUGCAAAGUUAGAAUUGGACGAGAAGAGACGAAAAAGGUGGGACAUUCAAAGAAUACGUGAGCAGCGCGUGCUUCAAAGACUGCAGCAGCGCAUGGAGAAGAAAAAGGUUACUGUUCAGGAGACCAAGCCUGAGGUGUCUUCCUUUUAUCCUGAUCCAGAGAGUGUGGAGUUUAUUGAAGUCACGCCCCAUCUGCCUGUCGUGGCCUUUGGUCAGCCUUUACCAAAUUUGCCUGCACAAAACUUUGAGCUGCCUUGGAUUGAGGAAAAAAGCAAAUGUCGCAGUGAAAAUCCGAAGAAACAAACUCCCCAUAGGUCCUGUCGAAAAUGAGCUGCAGAGAUUCAGAGAGCACGUCCGGAUUGAGUGCCAGACAUAAAGAAGCGAUGGAUCAUGACCAGUAGAACGUAAAAAAGCCAGAACGGUUAAAGUCGAGGCUGGCAGGACUACAGCUGUGUUGCUGUCAGAAGAAGGCAUCCACUGCCAUGCUAACUGCUAUUUGACACACGAUACAUGUGUGGCCUUGAUUUAAUCCUAAAUCUUUAGUCUUGUUCUGAAUACUUUCACUGAGGAAACAUGAUUUGGAUUAUUGCAGACUGCUGAAAAUAAUGUUUUAAUGUGCAUUAAAGUGUGGCAAUGGAGUACUGAUGCACAUUUGCAUGUGAGCUCUUAAAAUAUUUGUGUUGAGAAUGGAUUUAAUGAGCUUGUUUUGUUAGAAAUGUAUGCAUGAAUGUCUUGGUAAUCCUAUGAUUAAAAACAUAUUUUUCCAAGCAUAACAUAGACAUUGAAGCAGAUAGGGCAGAAUUAGGAUAUGGAUGCUGACCAAUAUAUCAGUCUAAAGGUUUAAGGACAGUGCCCUUGACAUUAUUUUUAUGGAUCAAUAAGUUGUUUUUGGUGUAUCUACUCAUCCUUUUUCUUUACGCCCCAUAAUUCCCGAAGGUGUUGAUAGUCUUGCUAGUUUACCAGUUUUGGUAAACUGUAUGCCUCACAGGAUUAAUUUCCAGGCCUUUUGUGUUUUUUGUCCUAAUAGUAUUGAGUACUUUUCAAUUGUAAACCCAUAACCUGAUUUUGUGUGAGUGUGUGUCUAAAUGUCUUGAACUUGUUAGUACCACAGUCAUUGAGUCUACACUUUUUCCUGAAUGUGUACAACUGGACCUUUUGUAAAUAGUUUUAAUUUCACACAUUGGCUGUAAAUAAAGAAAACAUUGCUGUUAUUUUUUUAUUUAAUGUCAGAAUGUUGUAUGUCCAGUAUAGAUAUAUGUAUAGAUAUAUUGAUAGCAUUAUUUACGAAAGAAGUUUUGUUUUUCAAAAAUAAAACGAUGCAAGAAUUUCA